CAGCUUUUUUUUUUCUUCUUCUUUUUGCUAGUAUUCUGUAACUCUCUCUUUCUAUUUUCAUUAUAACAGAAAACAAAAAAAUGCAAGUGGCGACAAAGAUUGCCAAACAGAAAAUACUGGGACAAGUAGCUGACCGUGUGCAUGAAAAUCAGCCCAGCUUUGAAACUGAUCCUGAAAUCAUAGCUGCUACACAAGAAGCCGCGGCGCAAAAAAAGCAGCAUUGGUACAAUAUCAAAAAAGUGAAAGCGACGCCUGACCUCUUAUUAAACAAGGAAGAGCGUAACAUUUUGUUAAAGGUGAAAAAGAGAGCAUGGUAUUUGGAUAAGGGGUGCCAUUGUUGCUGCUUUAAUAUUGGAUUGGACGGUAUCAUCGGUUUCAUACCUGGCAUUGGAGAUGUACUGACAGCUGCCAUGGCUCUGCAAUUGAUCAGAACAGCAUCUAAAGCCAAUUUACCAAAGCAUAUCCUAAGCAGAAUGAUGAUGAAUGUUAUGUUUGACUUUAUGCUCGGUCUGACACCUAUUGCCGGUGAUAUAUUGGACAUUUUCUUCAAAUGUAACUGGCGUAACGCUAUGUUAUUAGAAGAGUUCUUGAUCAAUCGAAGAAUGGAUGAGAUCAGGUUAGAAAAAGGAAACAGGAACGCACAACCUCCGCCUGUUGAAAUUCAUGAUGAUAACACGAUCAUUACAAAACCACGGUAUUUGGAUGGUGGUGAUGGAAGCAGUACUGCUGAUGCGACAUUGAAAAAACCUGCGCCGCCAACAACAGCAAAGCAUCACCACCAUCAAUAUGGUGCUGUACCAGAAGUACCACCUAAACUUCCACCCAAGGAUACGAGAUGGCCUCGAUCCAGUUAGUAAACAACAAUUGUUUUCAGUCUCUCUCGUCCGCUAGCAUUUGCUUGACCUCCCUUUUUUUUUCCUUUCUCUCUUUUUAAUGAAGAUAUCCUAUACUGCUUAUAUACUUACAUAAACAAAUUUUAUAUCUAUUGUUCUAUGGAUAUGUUUUUUUGUUGUUUUUUUUUU